AUGAAGAGCUCCGAAUUAUUGCUGCCGCUUCUUUGUUUGCUACUGAGCCUGGAAAGCACCCCAAUCUCCGCCCAGAUGAUGUCCUCGCUGGUGAAGCCGGGCGUCUUUCGGCACCUGAUGUGCCGCAACAACAUGUAUCCGCGCAGUUCCGUCCUCCGCUUCCCGGUGUCCGAUGAGCAGGUCUUCUGGUCGGAGCCCUUUCCGGAUUACUGCCCGCCGGCCUACACUGCGCCACACAUUGGCGGCCAGGUGUGGGCCGAUCCCGGGCUGCCCAGCGAGACGUUCCGGCCGCAGUGGAACCAGCUGGAUGGCCAGGUCAACCGGGAGUCCUUCCAUGGCUCGUACAAACUAAAGGACGGCCUGCCACUGAAUCCGAUUGGACGCACUGGACUGAGCGGACGUGGUUCUCUGGGCAGAUGGGGUCCCAAUCAUGCCGCCGAUCCCAUAGUCACACGCUGGAAGCGGAACGACCAGGGAGCCAUUGUGGCUAACCCAACCAGCGGCAAGAACAUCCUGCAGAUGGUGGCCAUCCAGCGAUCGGACAACAAGCUGUGGGCCAUUCCCGGCGGCAUGGUCGAUCCCGGCGAGAAUGUCAGCGCCACCCUGAAGCGCGAGUUCACCGAGGAGGCGCUGAACUUCACGGACAGGGCCAACAUGGUGGAGCAGUUCUUCCAAGCGGGUGGCGUGCACGUGUACCAGGGAUAUGUGGACGACUUCCGGAACACGGACAACGCCUGGAUGGAAACCACGGCGCUGAACUUCCACGACGAGGAUGGCAGCCAGGUGGGCCAACUGGAGCUAGUGGCCGGCGACGAUGCCACCAAUGUGCGCUGGACGGACAUCGACUCGGAUCUCAAGUUGCACGCCAAUCAUGCGGACAUCGUCAGGGAGGUGGUCAUCCGGCGGAAUGCUCAUUGGUAGCCACUUAAACUCUUUAACUUAAGAAUAAUAAAUGUGUAUUUUGAGCGAAAAAAAUAACGUAUAUAA